GUUCGCCGCGGUUGCCAAGGCAGGCGGGCGAGAUGGGAAAGGGGCGGAAGGAGGAAGGACGGGAAGCGGCCGCGCAGAGUUCCAUGGGUUUGACGGCCGCCCCCUACUCCUGCCACCCGGAGCCCCUGGCACCCUCCUAACAGAUGCCCCGGGCGCCACGCCACCAUGAACCUCCUGGUGACCAAGGUGCUGUGCCUGGUGGGCGUCUUUGGGCUGAUGCUGGGGGGGUCUCUGCUGCCUGUCCGCUUCAUUGCCACCGACGGCGAGAAGGCAGAGCGCUCCCAGCGCAUCAUCUCCAUCUGCAACUCCUUCGGAGGCGGCGUCUUCCUGGGCACCAUCUUCAAUGCCCUGCUGCCGGCUGUGCGAGAGAAGCUGGAGGAGGUGCUCAAGGUGGGCAACAUGGUGACGGAUUACCCUCUGGCUGAGACCAUCAUGCUGCUGGGCUUCUUCAUGACAGUCUUUGUGGAGCAGCUGGUUCUGACGGUGCGCAAGGAGCAGCCGUCCCUCAUUGACCUGGAGACCUUCAAUGCUGGCUCGGACGCGGGCAGCGACUCUGAGUUCGAGAGCCCCUUCCUGGAGCCCCCAUCCAAGUGCCACCACUACCACCAGGGCAGCUCAACCAGCCACAGCACCAGCGAUUGCGGCCUCAACGUCCACGAACUCUCGCGCUCAACUCCGCUGCGCCUCUUCAGCCUGGUCUUUGCCCUCUCGGCCCACUCCAUCUUCGAGGGGCUGGCGCUGGGCCUGCAGGAGGAAGGGCACAAGGUCAUGAGCCUCUUCCUGGGCGUGGCCAUCCACGAAACACUGGUGGCUGUGGCGCUGGGCAUCACCAUGACCAAGACGGGCCUCACCCUGCGCGAGGCGGCCAAGCUGGCGGGCGCUGUCAGCAUCAUGAUCCCGCUGGGCAUCGUCAUCGGGAUGGGCAUCGAGAGCCGCCACAGCGUGGCCUCCAGCGUGGCCUCGGUGCUGCUGCAGGGCAUUGCCAGCGGCACCUUCCUCUUCGUCACCUUCUUUGAGAUCCUGGCCAAGGAGCUGGAGGAAAAGAACAACCGCCUCCUCAAGGUGCUCUUCCUCGUCCUGGGCUACGCCGUCAUGGCCACCCUCGUCUUCUUCAAGUGGUGACGCCGUGGCCUCCAGGCAGGGAAGCUCUUCCCCACCGCUGAGCCGCAUGCACCAAGCCAC